GUGUGUCACCCGCUUCUUCCCAGCCGUGUGUCACCACCAAACGAGCUGUGGGUGCCCCGUCCCCUCACCCAGGUCGCUGAAGGAAGGGGGGAGCUGCUUCCCUCCUCCCCUGCUCGGGCAGCAUCCCUGGCUGAGGGCUCCGUGCCAGCGGCAUCCCCUGGCUCUGCCUCCAACCGGGGAAACACCCUCCCCCCCCAGGCCAAAAUGGGGGUGGGUUGGGGGCGUCCCGCUCUUGGAACAGGCAGUUUCCUAGAUCAUGUUUUCUAAAACAAAACAGCUCCGCUGCCACCACAACCUCCCCCAAAGAUGAACGGCAGUGGCCGGGCCGGGCAGAGGGGCCACAGCCCCCUUUCUGGGGGGCACCAGGGCGUACAGGGGGGUGACCUGUCCUCCCCCCUCUCUGGGCGACCUGGGCUGGGGUCCCACCACCCCCAGAGGAAAAACACUGGAUUCCUCAGCCCCAGUCCCAAUCUCAGCACGUUUGAGCACUUUGGGGCUUCCAGCCGCCGAACCACGUCGCUAAUUACUAACGUCCCACUACUAAUUAGUAGUGACGGCUGAACCUGGCAAAGAAUUGCUCUUUCUCCCCAUUCUCGGCACCGUUUCUCGGAUGCUCCCCUUAGCCCGUGCCCCGAGCCGCUGCCCCGGGGUGGGUCCGGGGGUGGGUGGGGGUCUCUUCAAAGCAUCGAUGUCUGAACCCUCCACUCCUCCUGAGUCGCUCGCGUUGAUUGGCCGGCUUCUGGUGGGGUUUUAUAAACAGCGAGUCCCUCAGCACAGAGAGUGGAAGGAGUGAGCUUCUGGAUGGGUGCAGGUAGGGAGCAUUCCCAAAUCCCUCCCUGCCUCCCUCCCUCCCUUCCUUCCUUCCGGGCCGGGUGGUGGCAUUUCCCUGCCGGGAUCCAAGCUGGGCUAGAACGAGGCAAGAUCCUGCUGCUUGUGAACAAAGUGAUUUCACUUCUGAGGGUGCCAUGGGGGAGAGGAACAGGUUCUGCUGCAGCAAUGGGAAUGUGGGGAUGCCACUGAGUCCCCAGGAGGGAGGAGCUCCCCCCCAUCCAAAGGUGCCUGGGGCCACAGGCAGAAGGACACGGGUCCUGGUGGUGUCUGUGCUGGUGGCUCUGGUCCUGGCUCUGGCCGUGGCUGUUGCUGUGCUCUCAGCAAGAACAUGUGGAGGGGAUCCAGCUGUGCCUGCGGCUCCGGUGCUGGCGUGUCCUGAUGGCUGGGUUGGGUACCACAAUGUCUGCUACUACCUCUCGAGGGACCAGGGGAGCUGGGAGUGGAGCCAGGAGCAGUGCUCCUCGCGUGGGGCCUCGCUGGCCGUGCUGAGGAGGGAGUGGGAAAUGUGGUUCCUCUCACACCUCAAUUACAUUAAUUCCUGGAUUGGGCUGCGGAGACGGGGCGAGCACCUGGAGUGGGUGGACGGCAGCAGGUUCAACCAGACGUGAGUCCUGUUGGGAGACCGUCCUGUGGUGGGACGGGCAGGGUCCUGGUGGGAGGUGUCUGCUGGGGCUGUCCCUUGCAGGCAGCCCUUGUCUCCUCCUGGUGCCUUGAGGGGACAACUGCCACCCCCACGGUCCCAGGGGUGUCUGUGCUGCUUGUUGCAGGUUUGUGGUGCAGGGCCAGGCAGAGUGUGUAUAUUUGCUCGACCAUAUUUUGGGGAGUACAGACUGCUCACAGCACCGGCCGUACUUCUGCAGCAAGCCCCAGGAGCUGGGGUGAGAGAGGUGAUGGAGGAAGGACCUUCCCCAGGCUGAGGAACCACAGCCUCACCUCUUUCUGCAUCG